CGGUGGUCAUAUACAACGAAAAUUUUGCUGCAAAAUGAGGCAUUGAAACGAUUAGAUGGCGGAAAAGGAAAUUCAAGUCGCAAGAAAUAGAUGCCAAACAAUCAUAGAUAGAAUACACAGGUUACCUGCUCGCACCAGCAUCACCAUUUCGUGCUCCCGCACUCUCCUCAAAUUGGCCCUUUCUGAGCUCCAUUUCCUCUCUCGAUCUCCUUCUCCUACUCUUUCCCUCAGUGUCAACGUUGGCCACCUGGAGGCCGUCGUUCACCUUCUCGAGCAGCCAUUUGUGACGGCGGUUUCGCGUGUUUGCAAGCCAAUUCCUGUGUCGUCUUCUUCUUCUUUUUCUUCUUCGAAAGCACUCACUGUCCAUGUUGAUAUAGUUUGUACUGUCAAUAAAAACCCAGUAUGGAUCAUUGCUUCUGAUAGAAAUCCCAAGUAUCUUUCUUGGAAUUUGUACUUAAAAUCGAGAAUUAAACGACUCCUGGAUGCUGCCCGCUCUGCCCAGAUAUUCAAACCUUCUUCAAUUCUUCUUUUCUUUUCUCGUGGACUUGGUGAUUUUUUCUUCCAGAAGCUGUGUGACGAAUUUGGGGCAUUUGAGAUUGAUUUCUGCGAGGAAUUGGAAGGGGAUUGGAUAAAUGUGCUUCGAACACCAUAUAAACAUUCGCUUUUUCUUCAGAUAAAGGUUGACAGGAAUUCGGAAUGUGGGUCUGUUCAAGAAUCAGUUGUUGAUUCUGUUGGGCUAGAGCUUCAAGAAGAGCACACCAAAGUAAACUUGGAUGAGGAAGAUGGGCUUUGUUCUCUUAUUUCAAGACUCAAUUUAUGGUCUCCCAAAGUUAAACCCGAUGGUGAUCUUAUAAAUUUUGAUACAACAGCUCUUAUUGCUCUUGUAUCGGGCAUCAGCAAUGGUUGUAGUGAGAAACUUUUGGCUACACCAGAGAUUGAAUUGAGGCAGCGGUUUAAGGGUAACUUUGAGUUUGUGAUUGCACAGGUCUUGUCUGAAAUUCAGAAUCCAAUACAUGCGGAACUGGCAGGUGUAAUAUCUGGAAAGAGAGGCAUGAUAUGUGAAAGUGUUCUUGUAGAGUUCAAAGAGUUGGUUUCAUUAUGUGGAGGACCUAACGAGAAGUUAAGAGCGGAUAAGAUUCUGAAACACCUCAUGGUUGUGCCUGAUAGUCCUUCAGAGCGCAUGAUGUGGCUUCCUACAACUAGAAAGCUGGCAUUGAAGAACAAGGUGGUUUUUGGGACUGGUGAUCAUUGGCAUGCUCCAACUUUAACAGCAAACAUGGCCUUUGUGAGAGCAGUUUCUCAGACUGGGAUGUCCUUGUCUACCAUUGCGCACAGACCGAGGGCAUUAACUGGUGAUUAUUAAAUGCAUAAUUUGCAUAAAUUACUGAUAAACUAAUGAUAUCUAUAGCCAUGGUGAGUAAACAAAACGCCCACUUAUGUAUCCCUUGACAAAAUAGCUGUACACACGUAAGGGCUCUUUGAUAUAACUGACUUUUUCAAGAACUACACGUUAGUGUAGAGAUGAGCAUUAUUUGGUUCAAACUGAAUAAAUUAAAUCGAAUUAUUUUAAUUUGGUAA